AUGUCUUUGACCGUUGACACCAACACAGUCACUUUGAACAACAAAACUACAAUUCCAGCUGUCGCUCUUGGUACUUGGCAAGCAUCCACUGGUGAAGCCAAAGAGGCCGUAAAGGUUGCUCUUCAAAACCACUACAGACACAUUGACACAGCAGCUUUGUACAAGAACGAAGCUGAGGUCGGAGAGGGUAUCAUCGAGUCUGGAAUUCCAAGAGAGGAGAUUUAUCUUACCACCAAGUUGGCCGUGACAGACUUUUUCAACGUCCAGGAGGCAUUCGAGGAGUCUUUGAAAAAAUUGAAGGUCGACUAUGUGGACUUGUACUUGAUGCACUGGCCAUACGCUGUCAACCAGGAAACCCAAGAGCGUAUUCCAUGCGACUUCGUCGACGUCUACAAGGAGAUGCAGAAGUUGUUGAAGACCGGAAAGGUCAAGUCGAUUGGUGUGUCGAACUUCACCAAGAAGAAGAUGGAGAGACUUUUGGCUGAUCCAGAGGUCACUGUCAAGCCUGUCGUCAACCAGAUCGAGUUGCACCCAUUGUUGCCUCAAGACGAGUUCAUUGCAUGGCUCAAGGAGAACGACAUCCAGGUCGAGGCCUACUGUCCAUUGGGUUCGUCUCAAGCCAACUUGAUUGACAAUGAGACCAUCAAGACCGUUGCCGAGAAGUACCACGCCGACCCAGGUCAGAUCUUGGUCUCUUGGGCCGUCCAGAGGGGUACUAUCGUGUUGCCUAAAUCUGUCACUGAGCACAGAAUCAUCUCCAACUUGAAGACUGUUGUCUUGAGCGACGAAGAUUUCGAGACCAUCAACAACCUACACAAGAAAGAGGGCAUCAAGAGAGUUGUCAACCCUAAGUGGAACGAUUUCGACGACUAG